CUUGACAGCAUCCCUAGCUGCUUGGGAGGACAGGGAGAAAUGGCUGAUGCUAUAGCUGAUACGAGAAGGCUGUACACCAAGCCCCAGAACUUAAAUGACGCGUAUGGACCCCCGAGUAAUUUUCUAGAGAUUGACGUGAGCAACCCUGAGACUAUCGGGGUCGGCAGAGGCAGAUACACAACGUACGAAGUCAGACUGAAGACCAACCUACCCAUCUUCAAGCUAAAGGAGUCCAGUGUACGGCGGCGGUACAGCGACUUCGAGUGGCUCAGAGCGGAGCUGGAGAGAGAAAGCAAGGUGGUCGUACCACCUCUCCCAGGAAAAGCUCUUUUCAGGCAGCUACCGUUCAGAGGAGACGAUGGCAUAUUUGAUGACUCUUUCAUCGAGGAGCGGAGGCAGGGUCUGGAGCAGUUUCUUAACAAAGUGGCCGGACACCCUCUAGCUCAGAACGAACGCUGCCUACACAUGUUUCUACAGGACGAGUCUGUGGACAAGAACUACACCCCAUCCAAAAUCAGACAAGCCUGAAAAACAACAAACAUACAUGGCUCUGCUUGGCCUGGUCUGGCUCGGCCCUGCUCGGUCUAGCUUGGCCCGACAACCCAAAGCUCUCUUCACUGCUCCAAAUUUUCUCUCUAUAAACAUUUCAGUGACACUUCCUUCCUUCCUUCCUUCAUUGUCUAAAAUACUAUUUCUUGGCUAUUUAAGUUUAAUCGCUAAUCACUCUUGAUUGUUUGUUUUGACGUUCCAAUUGGAGUCAAGAAUGUUAUACAGCUGUGGUCUAAAGUGAUUUAUAGAUAUUUUUCUUCAUGUCUAAAAAUGCCACUAACAAAAAUAUAUUAUAUAUUUAUCAUUUAGCCAUGUCCUGAAUAUAUUCCUUUAUAUGUUACUUUUGAAUGAAACUCCCCUGUAUGCGAAGCUUGUGUAAUGUCCAGCACCAUCCUCCUUCGACGACUGGCACACCGCUCUCCGUGACCAGCACCCAAACACGCAAACACACGUUCAACGGACCUCGACUUUCCAGCCACACUUAGUUGUUGUCUUAAAAAGGAUGCGUGUGCGUGUGUGUGUGUGUCUGUACGCAUCGUGUCCACCAGCACCUACUCGACGAUCACCAUGUUUUCUAGCAUGCAGUUUACACAGAGGGAACUGCAGUAUUUCUACUGGCAAUACGUAUUUUGAGAUUUGUAUACUGCUGUGCCAUUUCUUUUUGUUUAUUUUCCAAAAUUUUCCAAUAAAACGGGUGAAAUGCCUCCACGCCGAAGUGCAUUUUGUCAUCAAGCCACACUUUCCGUGCAUGGAGUGGCAUUGACUAUCAAGUUGGUCACAUCGGCUUCAUCGUUAAAUAAAUAAAUCUGCUGUAUCUUUACAUAGAGGUUUAUAAGUGGUGGCUGUUUGGUUGUCUUAUUAAACAGUCCUGGGAUUUAGAA